AUGCCUCGACGUCUCCAGGUGCUGGGGGUUAAUGGGGGGAGUCUCACACUCAGCAUGGCCACGCUGUGUCUGACCAGCAUCCCUAACCUGUUCCCCCCACAUCUCUUCUUUGUGGAUGGAAGAUCUGUCCUGGGAGUUGCUCAGCUAGAAGAUGGCAGGCACCCUCAACUGACCUGUCAGCCAAGGUUUCUGCUGCUUUCAAAGAACUCUCCAGAGCCCACCCACUUCUCUCCCCCUUCUGCUCCCACUUGGACCAGCGCCAUCACCUGCAACCUGGUCCCUAGACUCCCAGGCUCACUGCCACAGUCUGUCCUCCCUGCAGCAUCCAUAAGAGGGCAGGCCCUGCCCCUCCUCUGCCCUUGGCCCUCCAGGGUCUCACCUGCCUGGGGGUAA